AUGGAUCUAUUGAGACCUGUGACGAAUUUGGAAAUCAAAGAAGCGGUUUUUUCAAUAAAUCCGACGAAAGCUCCAGGCCCUGACGGUAUGUCAGGCCUUUUCUUUCAGAAAUUCUGGACUAUCAUUGAAGAGCAAGUGAUAGCGGAGGUGCAGAAAUUCUUUAACUUUGGUAUUCUCCCAAAGGAAUGGAAUUACACACACUUGUGUCUGAUCCCUAAGAUUGCAGAUCCAAAGACAGUUUCAGAUUUAAGACCUAUUAGUCUUUGUUCGGUGAUCUACAAGAUUGUUUCAAAGAUUAUGGUCAGAAGACUUCAGCCUUGGUUGCAGGUCUUGAUCUCUCCAACGCAGUCUGCUUUUGUCUCCCAGAGACUGAUGUCUGACAACAUCACCAUUGUGCACGAGUUAGUCCACUCGCUAGGGGCUUCAGGCUCGUUUGCUUCAGACUUUAUGGUGGUAAAGACAGAUAUGUCAAAGGCUUUUGACAGAGUGGAAUGGGGUUAUUUGAGAUCACUCCUGCUGGCGCUUGGAUUCAAUGAGAGAUGGGUUAAUUUGAUCAUGAAAUGCGUCACCAGAGUAACGUAUUCAAUACUGAUUAAUGACCAGCCUCAUGGAAUGAUUACGCCUAAAAGGGGUCUUAGGCAGGGAGAUCCCCUUUCCCCUUUUCUGUUUGUGCUGUGUACGGAAGGUUUAACUCAUUUGCUGUCAAAGGCUGAAAGGGAGAACAGAUUGUCAGGUCUGAGAUUUGGGGAGCACGGUCCCUCUAUUCAUCAUCUUCUUUUCGCUGAUGAUUGUUUAUUCUCUUGCAAAGCUGAUGAAGAUCAGAGUAAGACCUUGAUAGAAAUACUACAUCGCUAUGGAGCAGUCACCGGUCAGUCGAUCAACCCAAUUAAAUCUUCUAUUAUCUUCGGGAAAGACGUUCUUGAGGAGAACAAAACUAAAGUAAAGCAGAAAUUGGGUAUUGAAUCAGAAGGUGGUGAGUCCAAGUACUUAGGACUUCCAGAAUGCUUCAAAGGGUCAAAGAUAAAGCUCUUUGCCUAUCUUAAAGAGCGAUUAGGUAGGAGGAUCUCGGGCUGGCAUGCUAGAACGCUCUCUCAAGGUGGAAAAGAGGUGUUGAUAAAAGCAGUGGGAUCAGCUUUACCUGUCUCUGCUAUGUCGGUUUUCAAAAUACCAAAGACGGUCAUUUCUACUCUCUCGAAUGCUCUAGCAUCUUUCUGGUGGAGUAAUGUUGAGCACAAAAGGAAAAUCCACUGGUUGAGCUGGGAGAAAAUGUGCUUACCAAAGGCUUUGGGGGGUAUGGGUUUUAAAGAUUUAGAGUCUUUUAACCAGGCUCUCUUGGCAAAACAAGCGUGGAGGAUCUUACACUUUGAUGACUGUCUGAUGGCGAGAGUGCUUAAAGGUAAAUACUUUGAAGGUUCUUCUUUCUUAAAUGCGCAGUUAGGAAGAAGACCUUCAUAUGCUUGGCGCAGUAUUCUUAAUGGGAGAGAGCUACUGAUGCAAGGGCUGAAGAUAUCAGUAGGUAAUGGAACUAGCCUAAAGGUUUGGUCUGAUCCUUGGAUGGAGGAUAAGGAUGGUUUGUGCAGGCCUCCUCUGAGGAAACAAAGUUUUUUCGACGCGAACCUGCAAGUCUCUUCACUGAUCAACACUCAAACAAGAAGAUGGAGCCGCAGUCGUUUGCAUGAGCUCUUUGUUCCUGCAGAUAUUAAAGUUCUUAUGCGCAAUCAACCGGUGGUCUCAGAGCCAGAUUCCUCUUUUUGGAAGCAUACUCCGAAUGGAAUCUACUCUGUCAAAACUGGAUAUGACCUUGCUUUUUGGAGAAACAACUCGGCUCUCCUUCACUUCCAGCAAGCUCAACCGUCUCUGCAUCCCUUGACGGCUCAGGUAUGGAAUCUGAAGGCUCCUCCAAAGGUUAAGGUCUUCAUAUGGAAAGCUCUUUCUGGAGCUUUAUCUGUCUUUGAUUGCCUUAGUGCCCGAGGAAUAAAAUGUGACACGGUAUGCCAAACUUGUGGAGAGGACGGUGAGUCUAUUAACCAUGUUUUGUUCUCCUGUACAUUGGCAAGACAAGUAUGGGCAGUUUCAGGGUUUCCUUCGCCUCGGGGUGGGUUUGAUGCUGCGUCUAUUUAUGCGAACAUGGCCUUCCUUUUUAAUUCCUUGCAAGUUGAUGAAACAAUGAGUGAAAUGACGAAGGUUUUCCCGUGGAUACUUUGGUAUUUAUGGAAAAACAGGAAUCAUUUGCUAUUUGAAGGUUUAUUGUUCGACAGUGAGCAAUUGGGAAACAAAGCUCGAGAGGAAACCCGUUUAUGGUAUGUAGCUCAGAAUUUGGAAAGGAGGGCAGAUGAUCAUAGGGAUCCAUCUAUCCAAGCCCCAGUCACUUGGAAGUGCCCUCCGGUGGAUUUCCUCAAGUGCAAUAUUGGUUUCAAAUGGGAGAAGAAAAAGAGAAUUGCAGGGGCGGCUUGGGUAGUGAGAGACUCAUCAGGUACAGUUCUUCUCCAUAGCAGACGGUCUUUUGGGGAAGUGGAAUCGAAAAGUGAAGCCCAGUUUGUCAGUGUUGCUUGGGCUAUUGAAAGCAUGAAGAAUCACAGAUACUUAAAGGUACACUUUGCUUUUGAAGGAAGAAUGCUAGUAAAUGCCAUCAUCAGACCUCGCGAAUGGCCUUCCUUCAAGUUCAAAGUGAUGGAAAUCAGAUUAUUACUAAGGAAUUUUUUGGAAUGGCGGGUGCUCUGUGAAUCGUUUGAAGCUAACAGAGGAGCACGCCUUAUAGCUACUAGUGCAGUUCAGGACUUCAGAUUUCAAUACUACGUUGCAACUGGUGCACCUCGAUGGUGCUCUCAUGUUUUUUGA